AUGAAGACUACGAAAAGUUCAAAUGGAAGUUAUUAUCAUGAUCUGAGGCGUGCAUUACGUAUUGGUGUAUUAUUUAUACUUAUUUCACUGCUAUUCACUUCUCGAUUGAGAAAUAUAGUACAGCAGUUUUUGAAUAUGUUUGGUAGAGUACGAAGUGGUUACUCGAUAGAAGAUGUCAACCAUGUACCGAUAUUCUCUGAGCCAGAUUUUGAUGGUGUGGAUGUGCAUACAGUAGACAUUAAGAGAUUAAUAAUGUUUUUAGUGGUAUUUUUUUCAUUAGCCAUUCCUUUCGUAUUUUAG